AUGCCCAUCAAGCUCCUCACCUCCCCUCCCGAAGCACUCUCGCGCGACGAGCUCGCCUCCAUCUCACGGUCGACCCCCUCGACCUUCGAGGGCAUCCCGCCUCUCACGCGGCACCACGAGCCGCAGGGCGUGCGGAUCAAGGUCGAACCGGCUUUCGAGGGCUUCAGCGGUGAAGGCGUCGAGGGCGCGCUGUGGGUCACGGAGGGUGCCCUGUCCUUCUUCUCCGCCGCCUCAUCCACCGGCCUCACGAUCCCCUACCCGCACAUCACCCUCCACGCCGUCUCCCGCCAGCCCGCCCCUGCCUCGUCGUCUUCCUCCGCACAAGCAAACGGCUCUUCAGCAGCCGCAACGGGCGGAGCGUGCAUCUACUGCCAGCUCGAGGAGAGUGAGGAGAUUGCGGAGGAUGACGAGGGAGGAGAGAUGAGGGAGAUGUGGAUCACGCCGGAGGACGAGGCGAGCGUCGACAAGAUCUUCUCGGCCCUCUCGCUGUGCGCUUCCCUCCACCCCUCUGCCUCCGACUCCCUCACCCAACCCUCCGUCAUCCCCGCCUCCGCGCACGCCUCCUCCUCCGGCGCAGCGAGCGACUCCCAAGCCUCGCUCUUCGCCUCGAUGGGCCUCGACCCGUGCAGUAUGGUUUACGCGACGGCUGAUGGUGGGAUCGCAGGACCGGGAUUGGCGCUGAUGGGCGAGGAGGAGGGGCAGUGGGAUGAUGUUGAGGAGGGAGAGGCAGAGGGGGAGGAGCAGGCGGAGAGCAGUGCUGGGCGGACGAGGAGCGACUUUGUGAACGAGGGGAGGGCGAGGGGCGCGCCUUAUUGA